AUGAGGCUGUUCGUGGCCGCAGUCGUCGCUGUGCAAGCGAUUAUAGUGGACACCCGGCAAGCUGGAUCCGUGCCUGGUUGUCCGGACCUGGACGUAUUAGAGGCUGAAGUCGAUACGAGUGCUGAUUUCUUAAACAAUUUAUUGUUAUGCUUUUGUAAGGUUCAAGAUAAGGGCAAAGUCGACAUCUCCUGUCUGUAUGGUUCCAGUCUAGAACACCUUGAAAAAGCUACUGAAGCAGUGAAAAAGGCGAAUUUCUCGACCAAUAAGAUCAGUUUUCAACACACCGAGUUUGCUGACUCCGGCUUGCCAUCAUUCGUUGAACUUGCACCUGCACUUACAAGCCUAGAAAUUCGCGAAUGUACGAAUUUCGAGCCAUUGGUCGUUCCAGAAAACACUUUCAAGGGCUUGGAAACCACAUUAAAGAAUCUUAUUAUCGAUUCUUGUGGUUUGAAGCUAAAUUAUCUCGAUUUGUCCGGAAACUUCAUCACCACUGUCGACGCUGGCUCCUUCGAACCGCUCCAAAAACUCGAAACUCUUGUAUUUGGCGAGCGUAACUACAUCAAUGAUUCCGUAGUAGAGGCUAUAGUAACGCUCAAGUCGCUCAAGACUCUCGACUUGUCUCGUGCCGAUGGAAUUUUCGAGCCACCCACGGAGAUUUUCGAAGCGCUACCGCACCUCGAAGGGCUCAAGUUGAGUGGGUGUAGCAUCUCAUCACUAGAACCAGGAACUUUCGCGACGUUGAAAAAUUUGAAGGAGCUUGAUCUACGAGUGAAUCUCAUUCAAAAUGUCUCUGCGUAUGCAUUUGAUGGGCUCUCUGAGCUGAACAGGCUUUCACUCGCUGGAAACUACAUCAGGAGUAUCGAAAAAGAAAUCUGGACCGGAUUGAACAAACUGAAGGAGAUCGAUCUUGGAUGGAAUGAGAUUAAGCAGUUGUCACCCGAUGCUUUUUUGCCGCUUGCUGACAACCUUGAGACGCUUAACAUCCGCCAUAACCCAUUAAAGGACGUGCCUCCAUCUGGUCUCAAAAACUUGCGCUCACUAUUUCUCAGCGAAUGUCCAAUUGAGAACCUUGGACCCGAGCUACUGAAGGACUAUAAUGCUUUAGAGACACUCGAUGUCGCCAAAUGCAAUCUGACAGAGCUCAAACCCGAGGCACUUGCCAGUCAAAAGCAUUCCUUGAAGAAUUUCCACAUCCAGCGGAAUCUCUUCAAAACGAUCGAUCCUAAGCGUAAGCCUCUCGAACCAAACCCUACUAUUCAAGUGAAGGACCUAAAUCUAUUUCCAGUUAUCCUCGCCAUCGAAGAUCGGUUUAAAACUGCUGCCAAAGAGGGCAAGGAGUUCCUUCUUGCCAAUGCAAAUGAUACUCUCUGUGACCGACCCUACACGCUACGACGUCAGCCGCUGUUAGACGUCAACUCCACAGAACUACAACCGGACCUUUUUGUUGGCACAGAAACCAACGACACUCUUUUCAAAGAGGAACCACGUCGUGAACUCUAUGAUCUCAACACAGCGAACGAUCCAAAAAACGCUAUGAAAGAGCAAGAAGGUAAAGUUUUGGUUGAUGAACAGUUUCACUUAAAAAAUUCUGGCUUUGUGGUUGACGAUGAGGCAAAAAAUUCUAGCAAAAAACUUCAUAAGAAACCUUGA